AUGUCUAUUCAGCACCUACUUCGCCACACGGUUGUACGAUCGAGAGCACGCAUUGCCGGUACGAGUCUUCUGGUGGAGAUCACGUUCUGCACGAGGAGUUCACCGACUGCAUCUACGCCAGCUCCGCGGACGCUGACGAAACGUGCGGCGGGUACUACGCCGCCACCGUCUAUUGUUACUCGGGCGAGAACGCCCGGACAGCGGCGUCGUCCUUCGUGGGGUACUACCAUGACGAGCGGGACGCCUGCAUCAUGGAAUUCACGCUGA